AUGUUUAGAGGAUAUUUUUGCUAUGCAUGUUUACUUCUUCACCUGGUCCUCAGUCCGAUUGAUGCCCGUCCCUCCUCCGGCGGUGGCGGCCGUACACAACAGCCGGCGGCCAGGCAGAAGGGCCGCCGUUCGCCGCCCCUCCGCGCCGCCCCCUCGCCCCACGUUCGUUCAACGACAACGUGCAGCUGCCCGCCUGCUUGCCUAGCAGCCCGCCAGCCGGCAUCGCAGUCGUCUGUUGUAGUUUCAGUUCGCGCGAGGGUCGCUAAGGGUGAGAGUGUAGUGUGCGUACUGUCGUGUGUUUAUUUUGGAGGAAAAGACGAAAGGGAAAUAGAGGAAAAGCACUGUUCGUUUGGUAGAGAGAAAAAGGGAAGUAUGUUGUUCGAAAACCCCCCGGUAGCGGCGAAGAUAUUCGCGGGUUAUGGAGUACCACCCCCAGGUGUAGUGCCGCAGGCUUUGGUCGGCGCGACGAUGGGUGACGGUAAUGGUCUUUUAGAUGCCCACCACCACGAUGUUCAAUUGGUGACCGUCAACGGUUCCAAUUCUGGCUCCAGCGGUAGAAGCACACCCAACGGACAAAAUGGCGGGGCGGGAGACCCAUCUUCGGGCAAACUGUUCGUAGGAGGACUUAGUUGGCAAACGUCGAUAGAAAAACUGAAAGAGUACUUUGGCAUGUUUGGUAAUGUCACUGAUGUACUUAUCAUGAAAGAUCCAGUGACACAG